AUGAGCGAGGCACUAUCCACCACCUCGGAUUACGAUCUUACACAGAAAAAUAAGAAAUGUCUUGAGUUUAUUGAAGAUGUUACAUCUAACCCCGGGGCCGUCCAACAACGAAUCCUUUACGAAAUCCUCACCCAAAAUGCCAACGUCGAAUACCUACUCCGCCACGGCCUCUCUGGCCACACUGACCGUGAAACGUUCAAAAAGCUAAUUCCUGUUGUUACAUACGAAGAUCUUCAUAACGAUAUAACUCGUAUUGCUAAUGGCGAUAAAUCUCCCAUUCUUUCCUCUCAUCCGGUAGAAUUCUUAACAAGUUCCGGGACUUCCGGUGGCGAGAGAAAACUAUUUCCGACAAUUAGUGACGAACUCGGAAGAAAGUUUUUCUUUUACAAUCUUACAAUGCCGGUAAUGGACCAGUUCAUAUCGGGCCUAGAUAAAGGUAAGGGCAUGUAUUUUUUCUUCGUAAAAUCAGAAUCCAAAACACCGGGUGGGUUUGUGGCCCAAACCGCGUUAACUAGCUACUACAAAAGCUCCUAUUUCAAAGAUAGACCCUACGACCCAUAUACCGAUUACACAAGCCCAAAUGAAACCAUAAUGUGCCACGAUACAUAUCAAAGCAUGUAUUCCCAAAUGCUUUGUGGGUUGUAUUUUAACAAACAAGUUCUUCGGGCUGGUGCAAUUUUCGCUUCUGGGUUUAUUCGGGCUAUUCGGUUUUUAGAAAAGCAUUGGAGUCUUUUGAGUCAUGAUAUUCGCACGGGCACUUUAAAUGGGAUUAUCACCGACCCGUCUGUAAGGGAAUCGGUGAUGAAAAUAUUGAAAGCCGACCCGAGUCUUGCUGACUGUAUCGAGCUCGAGUGCUCGAGGAAAUCGUGGCAAGGGAUUAUAACAAGGUUAUGGCCAAACACAAAAUAUGUUGAUGCUAUAGUCACGGGGUCUAUGGUUCAGUAUAUACCAACAGUUGAUUACUAUAGUAAUGGGCUUCCAAUUGUGUGCACAAUGUAUGCAUCUUCCGAGUGUUACUUUGGUAUCAACUUGAACCCACUUUGUAAGCCUAGUGAGGUUGCUUACACACUUAUACCCACUAUGGCUUAUUUCGAGUUUCUUCCGGUUCAUCGGAACGAUGGUUUCUCCGACGAGAACGAAAAUCAACAAUUGGUCGAUCUUGCAGACGUUAAGCUUGGUCAAGAAUACGAGAUUGUUGUUACAACUUAUGCGGGUCUUUAUAGGUAUAUGGUUGGUGAUGUACUAAAAGUUGUUGGAUUCAAAAACAAGGCUCCUCAAUUCAGUUUCCUAUGUCGAAAGAAUGUGGCAUUGAGUAUCGAUUCUGACAAGACCGAUGAAGUAGAGCUACACAAAGCAGUCGAGAAUGCGGCCAACCAUUUGGUGCCAUUCAACGUGAUAUUGACCGAGUACACGAGCUAUGCUGACACAACCACGAUUCCUGGUCACUACGUGAUUUUUUGGGAGGUUAAUGAAAAUGGGUUAACCCAGCUGGUUCCUACUUCAGUUUAUGAAGAUUGUUGUCUUACAGUUGAAGAGUCAUUGAAUAGCGUUUAUAGGCAAGGUCGAGUUUCGGAUAUGUCAAUUGGAGCAUUGGAGAUCAAGAUUGUCAAAAAUGGGACAUUUGACGAGUUGAUGGAUUAUGCAGUAAGUUUAGGCGCUGCCAUUAAUCAGUACAAGACUCCGAGGUGUGUGAAAUUUGAGCCAAUGGUAAAGCUUUUAAAUUCAAGGGUGAUUUCGAGUUAUUUUAGCCCAAAGUGCCCAAAAUGGUUUCCGGGGCAUAGGCAGCGGAACAACAAAACUUGAAUUUGGAUUUAGUUUAAUCGGAUGAUUUAACUUUUCGGAAUUAUAUUGUACUAUAUUUAAAACGGUUUUAUACAUACAUACAUUCAAAA